AUGGCCCUGUCGUUGAUCGUCAACGCCGGCCUCGCCGCCAUUCCCAUCGGCGGAUGCCUCGGCACCCUGUUUGGCAUCGACGCCCAUCGCGCUGCCAACGGUCAACGGCCACUCUUCGCCCCGGAUCCUAAUGAGAACAAAGGCACCGAUGCCGGCGGCGGAGGACAAGAUAGCACCGGUGGUGGCUCGGGAGGAAAUGGCAGCACCACCAACAAUGGCAUCACCAACACGCAGUAUUGCCAGCACUCCUACGGUAUCUCGCCGCCGCGCAAAGGCGACGGAGAGACUUUUACGCUCAAUCCCAAUCAAUGGGGUCUCACGGACGGUACAACGGGUGGACUGUGCAUGAAUGUGACCACAUACAACAACAUGACCUAUCCAACCGAAUACACCGCGCCCGACUUCUCCGUCACCUGGAAAUUUAACCGGGGCCCGGAUACCCAACCCGUCCGCGCUUUCCCCAACAUCAUGGUGGAGGAGGUCCUGCCCGUCGAGCUCGACAAGAUACAGGAACUCUUCCUCAACCUGCACUGGUCCUACGGCCUCGGCAACGAAAUCGCCGAGUCCACCUCCGAAAGUGACAUGACUUCCAAUGAAGUCCGAACCAACGUUGCUAUCGAUAUGUUCUUCGACAGCGACAAGGAGACCGCCCAGAACAGCACCGCGGCUCAGUUCGAGGUCAUGGUGUGGUUUGCUACGUUCGGCGUGGGCACCGACCCAUACGGUACAAAAACCUCGACGACGAGAACUCUGAACGGGACAGAGUUUAACCUGUACUCCGGCACACGAGACUCGCAAACGAUCCUGACCUGGGCCGCCGCCGACAUCACCGAGGAAUUCAGAGGCGACAUUUACCCGCUCAUUACUGACCUGUACAAAUUGGAUGGUGGCCUCUAUCCUGCCAGUUCCGAUUACCUGGGAUACUUCGGUUUCGGUACGGAAGCUUUCUCCUCCGAUAAAGAGAUCACGUUCGGUGUGACCGACCUCGAAGUCAACAUCAAGACAUGA